UCAUCUUGUGGUUUCUCCACAUUGCUGGUGGAUAGAAGUGCAGCAUAAUGGAAAGUCUUAACAACUAUUUAUUUAAAUAUAAGGGCUAUGUUUUCGCAAAAGGUGAAACCACCGGGGAGUACAUUGACUCUCUUCAGCAUUUUGAGAUUCGUGACGGUGAUGUUUUUUUGGUGACGUAUCCCAAGUCAGGUACAAUAUGGACACAGAACAUUAUAAAUUUAAUUUGUGAGGACGCUGCAGACAAAACAAAAUUUCCCAACAAUCUUGAGAAGAUGCCUUGGUUAGAGUACCGUGAAGGCCGACCUGACUAUUCCUUGCGCCCGUCUCCACGGUUAUUUGCCACCCAUCUCACACCCACACUGAUGCCACCAGGCCUUAGGGACAAAAGAGGAAAGCAGAUCGUGUAUGUGCUUAGAAAUCCAAAAGACAAUGCAGUGUCAUAUUAUCACUUUAGCCUCGUCUGGGCCAAGCUUGAGACACCCAAGAACUUUGAAGACUUUCUGCAGCAGUAUCUAGCAGGAAAUGUUGGCGGUUCAUCUUGGUUUGAUCAUGUCCGAGAGUGGUACAGUAAAAGAGACCAGUACAGCAUCCUUUUCCUGUCAUAUGAGGACAUGGUCAUGGAUCUCAGGACAGCGGUGGAGAAAAUCAGCAAGUUCUUGGAGAAAAAUCUGGAUGACGCUGCUAUCGCACAUAUUGUUGAGAAGGCCACUUUUAAAAACAUGAAGAAGGACCCGAGAGCAAACUAUGAAUUCAUUCCUGGUGAUCGACUGCUUAAGCCCCAAUUCAUGCGCAAAGGCACAGUAGGAGAUUGGAAGAACACAUUCACUGUGGCACAAAAUGAGAUGUUUGACCAGAUCUUCAAAGAAAGAAUGAAAAACAUACCACUGCACUUCAUCUGGGACUUAGACGCCAAAACAAACUGAAACUAUUCACAAAACAAAAGAACCAGCAUGUUUUGCCAUUGGACCUUAAACACGGUUUACUGGUAAUGUUAAAAACUUCCAAAUAAAUGAUCGUUUCUGAA